AUGCGUGACCGCGUAAUCGCGCUGGCUCUGCGGAGGCAGGCCCUCAUCACAAAAGAGACACUCGAUCUCCAGAUCUUUCCUGGCUUAGAGACCAAAGAUCUUUUGGACGAAGUUCACAAAUCAAAGGUAUACGAUAGCGACACCAAAAAUGAGCUCAUCGAAGUGACUUGCAGAUUGGCAAGCCUUUGUAUCAUCGUGACCGACCUGCUCAGCCUGAUGGCUUCUCAAGAAUCCGACAAAUCGCUGCGGCCAAGUCACGACCCCGAGAGGGACGCGCAAAGAACACUGCGACUUGAGAAAGACCUACAAUCUUGCUCGGCUCUCGCGCUCCUGUGUCAAAAUUCUAUUGUUCGAGCGAUGAUGGCGACAUCACCACCCAAGAAGCCACCGACUGCAGAAGGAUUCCGCAAGCUACAGUAUGCCGUCUCCUGCUUUACCGAUUGCAUGCAGGGCUUGACAGAGAUGCGACUGGUUCGCUGGUUACCCAUGAGCACCGUAUUACCGCUGAUGAUCUACACUGUGAAUUCACAAACAGGUAGACAUCCCAACUGCGCAUGUUCUGAAGCGCUCGGGAGGGACCAGCUGCGCCAGAACAGCCAACUAAGUCUUCUGACUGAAGCCAUGAGAACUAUAGGUGCUCAGUACGGUGGUAUUACCUGGUUUGGCGCUAUCGCACGCCGAGCUAGUGAGCUGGCUCAACCAUGGGCCCUUGAUAAGUUUAGCAGUGACUCGGACGAUGGAGUCGCAAUACCUCUACCAUCCACAGAACCAUUCUUACGACUUGUCAUUACAGCAGACCUUAGUCUGAGCACAGGCAACUGUCCUGAGAGAGAUCAGUUGUCCAAGAUUCUUAAAUUAUCACAGACAUCGGAGGAACCUCGAAUCGACGAAGGCUUCCGAGGAUACUCAUACGCCAUGAGCAUGAAUCCAACCGACAUCUUGAGUUGGACAGAAUUGGACGCCUUUCUUGGUCUUGACUGGGCUACUCCUCUUCCUUCAGAAAAUACAGUCAUCGAUCUGUCCAUUCCUGAAUUGGGGGACGACACCGAGAAUGGAGCUCAGGAGGGUUUGAUGGAUUCGCCAGAUUUGACACCUCUGUCCAUUUGGACGGCUGGAGAAAGUACCCUGACGGACCCGCUCAGUGGACGUACAUAUGUUACAGUUGAUAUAGAUGGCGAUUUGACGAGCUGGGAAACAGGGUCUAUUCCGGCAAAGGACCUUCCCACUUGGCAGCUGGAGGCCGGUCCGGCCGGUCCGGCCCACGGGCUCUCUCGUGUCGCUCGGACCAUGCGACUGAAUUAA